AUGGCCACUCCGCCCAAACAGCAGCUGGACAAGCUGGGGAGGGAGAUCAAUCCUUACAUACCCAAAUACAUCGCCAACGUUCCGUGGUACCAGCGGCGCGACCAGAACGAGCAAGAACAAGCUCAAGAUUACCUAUCACAUCAACGACUCGAGCCAGAAGCAGAACCAAUCGAUCACAGUAUAGCGCGUGCGGGAGAAGGAAUAGAAGACAAGUUCGUUGAGGGCGCAGAGAGUCAAGUGAAGAGCUAUCAGGAUUGGGAUUCCAAACGAGACCGCUGGUAUGGAUAUAAUAGCGAAGAAUGGGACAGACUAGUUAAAAAUUGGGAUAAAGUGAAAAGAAGGAAAACCGCCACACCAGAGCACCAGGAGAGUGAUGACGAAAGCGAGUAUGAGCUCGAGCUCAUGGAGUUGGGGUUGAGUAAACAGGAUAUUGUCAAGAAUUUGAAAGAAGAUCCUUUGGAAAAAACAAUCAGAGAUAGGCAAGAUGUCCCGGCGUAUAUCAUGAGUAUCAAUUCCAGUAAUAAGAUCAGCUACGACCCCAAGUCCCGGAUCGCGGUGGACCCGCAAAGAGGCUACUUGAACGACCGAAACCAAUUUGUAAGAUAUUUGAGUGGAGAGGCCAGUGACUUGGAACAAGUGCAAAAAUUUGCCUGGGAACAGAAUAGAGAAUACGAAGCUGAAAAACAAAAGGAAAAACUCCGGCACAACGUUCUGGACUCAAACGACAUUCCUGCUAAUCUCGAUAUCAGUCUCGAGGCCAGUCCAACUCUAAUGAUGCUUCAGAACAAAAGGGCACAAGAGUCGAAGCGCCAGCUAAACAGCCAACGCAAGAAGCAGCUCCUCACCAAAUACGGAGGCGAUGAGUUUCUCCGUAACGCCCCCCAAGCGGCCGAAAUCAAAACCAGGGUUGCCGGGGACGCCAAGGACCCCAACGGUCUAAAGAGAUCCUGCUUUUCCGAAGACGUCUACCCCUUGGACCACACCAGUGUGUGGGGGAGCUACUACCACGACGGCCAAUGGGGGUAUCGCUGUUGCAAACAGCUAGCCAAAAAUGACUACUGCACUAGAAAGAUACACUGA